AUAAUUUCAGUCAGUUAUGCUAAACGCGAUUAAUGCAUCUCUACCCCUCUCGAAAUGGGGAAUAAUAGUAAACUAUCAGUCAUACUUACCUGUUGUUAAUGCGUUUAUUAGGAUUAUAUGAGUGAUCGGCGAUCUAUUAAUUUACGUCAGGGUUUGCUAUUCUAAAACACACGUUGUACUCAUCUGUACAAUGAGAAGUGCCGUAAUAAGUAUUUUUUAAUAUGGAAGUGUAAUAAAAUAAUCAAUAAAUGGAACUGGUUAACUGUACAUUAUGCUUACGUAUCUCCAAUAAAUGUACAGACUUUUGCAACACAUUGCUUACAAGAAAAACGGUGCAAGUGAACCUAAGUCCGCAACAUAGGUACUUUAUCUACAUAUAUUCAACUAAUAAUAGUCAUUUCUAACCACAAAAUCACUAGACCCACAUCAUGGCAAUAUUAUUUAUAAUAUUCCUCUGUGACUGUGCCGCGGCCGUCAUUAACCCGCACGGGCCGACCGUCGUCAACGACUACGUGCGGUGCGUGGAUUCCAUCAUCGAUGUGAACUUCCACAAGGCAGGCCUCAUGUACUUCAUGCACACACAGAACAUGAGCACAUCUGUGGCAAGAAUCCGAGCUGACCUGUUGAGGGAGAUCCAUAGAGAGCGGGAACAGAUCAUGGUGAUUAUAGCAAGUCCAACUGAAGAUGACCAGCCUCUGUGCUCCUCCCAUCGCGAGCCCCGCACCGACGGCCGCCUGCUCACCGCCGACCGCUUCGCCCCCAUCCCCAUCGCCAACUACGUCGUAGUCAUCGUUGACUCCUACACAGACUUUGACAAAGUUGUCGGCCGCCUGGUCCGCGCGCGCGGCUGGAACCCCAGCGCACUCUUCCUCAUACUGUAUUUCCAUUUCGCUUUGUCGAACAAAAUCAACAUUGAACAUGCCGAAGAUAUGGUAGCGUGCCUGUUCAGCUGGAAUGUAUUCAAUAUCAUCGUUAUUGUGCCUGAGACAGGUAAUCUACGAAAUGCUUUAGUUUACACGUGGAAACCCUAUGAUCCACCGAAGUACUGCGGGUAUAGUAAUGAAACAUCCAGGGGUAGACUCAAAGUCGUGAACACCUGCAAACGAGGUAUGGUCUCUGAACCCAAUAAAAUACUUUACCAUAAAUUACCGAGGGACAUGAAAGGCUGUUUUUUAACUCUUCUGGCUUUGGAGCGGCAGCCAUUCGUCACAAUGGAAAUAACAGAUCCCAACGUAGAAAAAGGUUUCAUAAACGAACUGCUGAAGCAAUUCAAUUUUAGACCAAAUUAUACUUUUGUUAACAAACCGAGAGGAGAAGAAACUCUGGGGCAGUGGGAAGGUGCGAUUAGUGAUCUGAUAGCCAAGAAGGGGCAGAUUUUGCUUGGAGGAAUAUUUCCCGAUGAUGAGGUUCACAAAGACUUCGAGUGUAGCUCGACGUACCUCGCGGACGCAUACACGUGGGUGGUGCCGCGAGCCUUCAACAUCCCUCCCUGGGCCGCUCCGAUGAUCAUCUUCAGUGACCUGGUGUGGUACUCUACUGUGGCCGGCUUCAUCGUUUGUGUGAUCAGUUGGAGAACCUUCGGGUAUCUCAGUGGAGAUUCACUGUACCACAACUCUAUCGGCCAUUGUUUCAUGAACACGCUGGUCUCAAACCUCGGGUUCGCUGCCUACGCACGCCCGGUGAAGUUCAGUCUGCGGAUGUUCUUCGUCGUUUUCAGUCUCUACUGCAUCCUGUUCGUGACUGGUUACCAGACCAAGUUGAUCGACGUGCUGACAAACCCGCCCUUUUUGUACCAGAUUCAAACGGUGGAAGAGAUGGUGGAGAGUGGAUUAGCGUUCGGAGGUUUCGAGGAGUUGCACGAUUUGUUCCAGAACAGCAGCGACGCGUUCGACUGCAUGAUCGGGGCGCAGUGGACGGACGUGGCGGACCUGCACGGGGCCAUGCUGGACGUGGCGGUUCACCGGAACUUCUCCCUGCUGGUGUCGCGUCUGGAGCUGGCACACGCGUCGGCAUCACUCGGCCAGUUGACCGCGGCCUCCGGGGAGCACAAGUACUUCGCCUUCGAGUCCAACGUGUUCACCGUCCCGCUGGAGAUGGUGGCGCUGCGGGGGUUCCCCUUCAUGCACAUGUUCUCGCACGAGCUGAUGCUGUUCCGGCAGGUGGGCGUGAACGAGCGCGUCCGUGAUUGGUUCGCGACGCACGUGCUGCGGCGGCGCGCGCGGCUGCAGCGGGGGGAGGCGGGGGAGGGGGGCACCCCUCUGUCGUUGGAGCACAUGGAGGGGGGGUUCUUUGCUCUGUUUCUCGGAUAUAUCAGUGGGACGCUAGUGCUAUUUAUCGAGAUUGCCGUCAAUAGUCAAUGGUUCAAAAGUAACCUUGAGAAGGUAAAGACGAAAUUGGCUAAGAAAUUAAAGUAGUUGUUUUGCAAAACGUAACAUUUUAUUUCGUGGAUUUAAUGUAAUGUAUCAUACAAUGUAGUAAACGUUAAAAUAUUUUUACAAGUUUUAUUUUAAUUCUUACUUCUUACAAAUUUAAUGAUUUUAUACUUUAAGAGGAAUGUAGCU